AUGGCUGCUCCGCGCAAGCGAACUCGUGAGGUCGACGAGGCCAGCAGGGCCGAGUGCCCCUUCUCGGUGCGGCUUAUCGACCCCAAGGAUAGGGAUCAAAAGAAGAAGCGGCGCAGAAGGAAUGAAGAGGAUGGCGACGACAGCCACAGCAAGAUCCCGGUCCAGAUGUCUCCCUUCGCCCCCUCGGGCAAGUUCAAGAGCUUCGAGACCAUGGAUAUCCACUACGUGGUCGAGCCCUCCAAGAGGUGGUCCGAGAUGACUCGAUAUAACAGCUUCGUUCUCAACGGCUCCAAAUACUUCAGUGACAACUACAUCUUCGUCGCAAACGAGGACACCAUCGAGCGCCAGAAAUCUUUCGCCAACAAAGAGCAACUCGGGCCACGGGCUAAGAGUAACGAUGACUGGGUUGCUCGAAUCCUGGAAAUUCGCGCGAGCGAUGAGCACCACGUCUAUGCCCGCGUUUACUGGAUGUACUGGCCAGACGAGCUGCCACAAGGUACCGUCGACGGGAAGAAGACUGUUUCUGGCCGUCAACCCUACCAUGGGCAGAACGAGUUGAUCGCGUCCAAUCACAUGGACAUCAUCAACGUUGUGUCAGUCACCCAGCAAGCCACUGUCAACCAAGUGACCGAUGAGAACGACGACCAGAUCCAGAGCGCACUUUACUGGAGACAAGCUUUCGACGUCCGGACCCAGGAGCUCUCGGCCAUCGAGAAAGUCUGCAAGUGCGACCAACCAGGAAACCCGGACAAGGUUUUGGUCGGGUGCCCCAACGAGACUUGCAAGAAGUGGCUCCACGAGGAGUGCCUGAAGCAUGACAUUUUGCUCAAGACGUACGAGGCCCUCGGAACCGACAAACCGCACAAAGCAUCCGGUGUCAAGGAGGAGAAGGUGGAAGAAGAGGAAGCAAAACGGCCCCUCAGCCCAGUCGAGCCGAGCACCGGUGCUGUUGCUGCCGAGCUUCCAAUCCAGGUCAAGACCGAUGGGGAGGGAGAGACAGUCAAGGCCGCCAACGACUCUGUCGAGUUCAAGGAGGAGUCUACUGUCGCGACCGAGGAGGGCUCGGUGCAGCCCCAGAACGGCCGGGUGUCGACAACACAAACCCCGACCGGAGAGACGCCGGCACGCAAGGUCGGCCGGGGACGGAAGAAGGCGGAUGCGGGCUCCGCAAAACCAUACGAGGGCCUCUUUGAGGCGAACUUCAAGGUGGACCAAGACAUGUUCGAGAUCACGGACCUGAGAGACGGCAUCGACGGCGACAAGACCUGGAUGGAGGAGGUCAAAUGCCUUGUUUGCGGCACACGCAUUUGCUAG